UCUAUGAGCGAGACUGUCUAGAUAUACUGAUCGAAGAACUCCGCGAGCGGUCUAAGAGAGAGGUCUCGAGUUCGUGUACCCGUGAUUUUUUUGGUGAGAAACAACAAAGUGAGCGUUUGGGAGAAAAACAGUUACAGCGAACCACUUCAGCCGAUCUACGUAGUGUUGGACCUGCGCCAAGACCCGUGUGACUGUUGGGAAGGCGUUCGUCAGGAUUGAGCUGCUGAAGAAGGUUCGCUGGAUAACAUUUCCCUAAUAUAAAUAUUUUGUAUCACCCGGCAGCACUUGGGCGUGCCAACCACACGCUUAAGCUAGGAUGGGCGAUGUCCGGAUCGUGUCCCGGCGCAUGGUCCGCCCGGAGCCAAGCAACCGCCGGCCGCCGGAGCAUCAGCCGGAGACCAUCCACCUGACGCCGUGGGAUCUUCGGAUGCUGGCCGUGGACUACAUCCAGAAGGGCGUGCUCCUGCCCAAGCCCCUCGCCGCCACCACCCAAGGACAGGGACGCAACGUCCCCGUCGUGGACCGCCUCUCGUCGUCCUUUGCGAGCGCCCUGGGCCGCUUCUACCACCUCGCCGGCCGCCUCGCCGUCAACGACGACGGGGCCGGAGCCGGCCAAACCAUCUCGCUCCGGUGCAGCGACGAGGGCGCCGAGUUCGUGCACGCCGUGGCGCCGGGUGUCACCGUCGCGGACAUCACCGCCCCGCUAUGCAUCCCGCGGGUGGUCUGGUCCUUCUUCCCGCUCAACGGGGUGCUCGUCGCGGAGGCCGCCACGGGCUCCCGCCCGGUGCUGGCCGCGCAGGUCACCGACCUCGACGACGGCGUCUUCGUUGCCAUGUCGCUCAACCACGGGGUGGCCGACGGGACCACCUUCUGGCAUCUGUUCAACACUUGGUCGGAGAUCAACCGGCGCAGUGUCGACGGCGGCUACGACUGCGAGAUCUCCUCGCCGUUGCCGGUGUUCGAGAGGUGGUUCCCGAACGGCUGCGCCGUCCCCAUCCCUGUACCCUUGGGCAAGCUGGACGACAUCGUGGGGCAGCGUCGACGUGCAUAUGGCCAGCGCCCGCCGGUGCUGGAAUGCUUCGUGCGUUUCUCCGGGGAGAGCGUGAAAAAUCUCGUGUCGAAGGCGAACGCCGAGAUGUCAGGAUCUGGCACCACCAUCUCCUCGCUGCAGGCCAUGCUCGCUCACCUGUGGCGCGCGGUGUGCCGCGCCAGGAGGCUGGCGCCAGAGCAGGACACGCGGUACGUCCUCCUCGUCGGAUGCCGGGGCCGCGUGGACGGCGUGCCGGCGGCCUACUCUGGCAGCGCAGUCUCGCACGUCGCGGCCGAUUCCACCGCCGGCGAGAUCCUCGAGAAAGGGCUGGGCCGCGCGGCGUGGUUGCUGAACAGGGCCGUGGCGUCGUUCGACGGGGCGCGCGAGAGGGGGAAGCUCGCGGCCUGGGCCCGGGAGCCCAGCUUCGCGUUGCCGCCGGCGCUCGCGCGGGGCGCCGAAGCUCCUGCGCUGCUGUUGACGGGGAGCUCGCCGCGGUUCGACGUGUACGGCAACGACUUCGGGUGGGGCGCACCGGUGGCGGUGCGGAGCGGCGGGGGGAGCAAGCUGGCCGGGAAGGCGACGGUGUACGAGGGCGGGUGCGGCGCCGGGAGCAUGGCGCUGUAGGUGUGCCUCGCCCCGGAGGCGCUCGCCAGGCUCGUCGCCGACCAGGAGUUCAUGAGCGCCACCGUGCCAUGAUCUCCGGUCCCCGGCCGGCCGGCCGACAGAUGUGCAUGUGAUCUUCUGUUCUUUUCAACCUGCAGCUUUCAGUAUUGUACUGCUCAUGUAAUUGAUGUUGGCCGCAGCAACUUUCCCUACAGCUGGGACCUGGGGUGUUUUCUUUUUUCAGUUUGACUAAUUCACAUCUAGAUGUUUUUAAA